AUGUCCGACGAAACUGUGAUUCGAGAGGUUACGCCAGGUAUAUGGACCUUCUCGAAGCCUUUCGCUCGAUUUGGCUUCUGGCCCAUCGGGGGGAGAUCAACAGCAGUUCAGCUCCGAGACGGAGGCGUUUGGCUCUUGGCCUCGACGCCCCUUACAGCUGAAACGAAGGCAAAGCUCGAUGAAUUGGGACCCGUAAAAUAUAUCAUUGGCGCUGAUGCUGUACAUCAUCUCUUUCUGGGGGACUACAAGAACACAUACCCAAGUGCCAAACUGAUCGCACCAGUUGACACUAUUGCGAGGCAUGGGGAUGGCACCCUUCAAUUUGAUGGAGCUUGGGGACGUGAUUCUCCGGAGACAAAGUACGGCUUUGAGGAAGAGAUUGACCACUGCUACUUUACGGGAUUCAAGAACAAGGAUGUUGCCUUCUUUCACCGAUCCUCUAAGUCCCUCAUCGAAGCCGAUUUGCUUCUCAACCUGCCUGCCAAAGAACAGUAUUCAAAGUCCAACGAGGUCACAUCUACCCUGCUACUCAGAUUCGGAGAAUUUGGGCCGUUCUCCUGGCUCCACCGCAAAUUCACAGGAGGUCUGGCUGUGGACCAAGACGCCAUGCGACGGGAUGCCAAGAUCGUCUCUGGAUGGGAUUUUAAUCGAAUCAUACCAUGCCAUGGAGACAUUAUCGAGGGAGAUGGGAAAAGGGCUUGGAACGACCUGUACAAGGAGUUCCUUGAGUGA